AGAAUUACAUAAUCGAGUAUUAGAUCUGAAAUUCGAACCACCAAAAAUAAAUGAAUGGAAUAAAGUUUUAAAAAGAAUAAUUGAAUCUGCGUAUGAAAUGUAUUUUGAACAAAGGCAUGUUAAAAGUUUAUUUAAAUAUCAUAAUAUUUAUAAUAUAAAUAAUAAAAUAAUGCUAAUGAGAGAUGCAUAUGAUAUAUUUAGAAAGAAUGUUGACGAUAUUUUAUUUUUUGCUGAUAUAAUUAAUAUGAGAAAAUAUUUAACAGCAACACCUUUAGUUAAAAAGGGUUUGAAUAGAACAUUUUAUGUUAUUCAUAGUAUUUUAGGAAAUUCUGUAAAUUUUUAUAAAUAUGGUAUUAUAUAUGGUUUUAAAGUACAUAAAGAAAUUUUGAAAGAAGUGGUAGAUGAGCUCUUUUCAAUUUAUAAUUUUAAUACAGACAUAUUUACGGAUACAUCCUUCUUGCAAACAGUUUAUUUACUCUUUAGAAAAAUAGAAGACACUUACAAGACUCAAAGGAGAAACGAUAGAAUGAGUAUAAAUAACAUAUUUUUUAUGAAUGUUGCAAAUAAUUAUUCUAAGUUAAAUAUGGAACAAAGGGAAUUAGAAGUACACAAUUCUAUGGCCUCCAGAUUUUAUUCAAAAACAAUGUUUUCCGCCUUUCAAAUGUUAUUUUCUACAAUGUUGAGUAAUGAAGCAAAUCAUCUUGAUAAGGUUUAUGGAAAAAGUGGUAAAAUAGGUUUAGUAACAAGUGUCUCUGCAUAUCUUACUUUUGCUUAUGUAUAUAAUGGAAGUAUUAUGGAUAAUAUAACUAACAGUUUAUUACCACCAUAUGCUAAAAAACCAAUAACUCAAUUAAAAUAUGGAAGAACGUUUAUUUUUUCAAAUUAUUUUAUGUUAGCUUCUAAAAUGUACGAAAUGCUAAAUUAUAAAAAUUUAAGUCUUUUGUGUGAAUAUCAAGCUGUAGUAAGUGCAAAUUAUUACUCUUCUAAAAAGGUAGACCAAUUCCUUGGUAGAAAAUUUUUUCCUCUUACUACAACCUUCCUGACUUUAAGAAUAGGUAGUACAAUAGGCCAUUUUAAAAAAAACGAAUGGUAUAAAUUAUUGGGUUGUUGGGGUGACGACCCUCCAGCAUUUUUAUAUUUUCAUUUUUUUCUUAAUUUAUAUUUUGAUUCUGGAAAAUAUUUUCCUGGAGGUUUUUCGACUUCUUUAAGAGAACAAACAGAACACGUAAAAAACAAGGGUUUUCCUCAAAAACCAUCGGUUCAUGGUUUUACACAGAUCGUGUUUUUGCAGCUUACUAAUAUAGUCAUGUAUGCCCUUUGUUUUAUGGACCUUUCACAAUUAUAUGCUUAUUUCGAAAACGUGAAUUUUUAUAUUAUAAGCAAUUUUCGUUUCCUUGAGAGAUAUUUUAAUAUAUUUAAUAAAUACUUUGUAGAGCUUUUCAGAAGAAAACUUAAACAGUAUACAAGUGAUGUACUUCUAAAAUACGAGUAUGAAACUUAUAUAAAUAUAAGAAAACGUGGUUAUCUUGAUGAGGCAGUGGAAGCUAGAAUUGCUGCUCAAAAUAAUAUAAAGGAAUAUUUUUAUAAUAAUGAUGAAAAUGUGAUGAUUAAUUUAAGAAGAUAUGCUAUGGAAAAUAUGCAUAAAAUUAAUCUGUCGACAUAUGUAGAUGACUAUAUUUAUUUUGAUGAUUGUGGUAAAAAUGAGGAAUUUCUAAAUGAUAGAUGUGAUAUGUGUCCUGUUUAUGAGGAAUCCGAUGAAGAUGAUCAAAAGGCUUUAUCGUCAAAAAGUAAGACUAUAACACAAAUAAAAAGUAAAACAAUCACAUAUAUUGAUUAUAAAAAAUUUCAUGAAGAAGUUUCAACAGAAAUAUCGGAAGAAGAAAAUAGUGAUGAUGAUAUGGAUUUAACUGACAACGCAUUGAUGAUUAAAAAAAUACCUCAAGAUGAAUAA